UUCCGUUCAUGAAAUUCACUUCAGGCAAGAAAUAACAUUAUCUUGAAAUGAUUCAAACAAAAUAUAGUAUUCAUAUCAUCAAUUCAUUGUGCAUUAUUGUUGAUUUUUUGUCUAUUAGCAAAAUCCAAUUUAGAUGAACUGAAUAAAUAUAUAAUUAUUAUCAUUUAAACAGUAUGUGGCUUCAAUCAAUUCAAACAUUCUUUGCAAGAGUGCCAUUUGUUAUUUGUUUAAAACAAAACAUCUCUAUUUAGAUUCGUAAUGCCAUAUAUAAACAUUCUAUAUCUUACUAUCUACGAGAAUGUUUUUUUAACUAAAUUAUUUCGUGUUUGAACGAAUAAUAUAAAUUCAUCUUUAUUCUACAGAAAGUCCAGUUUUGAAUUAUUACUACAAAUUGGAUGAUUACAUGUUGCUUACACAGCAAAUAAUUGUUACAUCAUUUGGAAGAAUAUAUUUGGUUGAAAGAAGGGGGGAAGAUGAUGUGAUUUGUUCAUCAAGUAUAUGUAUUGUGAGAACACACACAUUACAAAUGAAUAGAACAUUUAAUGCAUUUCAAAUGACACAAAAACCACAAAUUACUUCAUAUAGAAAACAUAUUCGUCUCAAAAAAAGUAUGAUAUUACCAGAUGAUACAUUGGAAUAUUGGGGAUUUUAUCUUUUAAAAGGAGCAAGUGUAGCACUUUCUGUGUGUUCAAGAUUUCAAGGGGCUUCUAUACUUGUGGUUAAAGGAGAACGCAAUUUACGAACAUGUGGUAUGUUGGAACAUCAUAAUACACAAAUUCUAAAAGGUAUAUUUUUACCGAAAGCUAAGGAACAAGUUAAAGUAACAUUUAAAUCAAAUACAGAAGAAAUUAAUUCCAGCAAUAAUAUUACACAAGUCAUUUAUAAUAAUACAUUAAAUAAUAUAGAAGAUAAAUUGUUAUGGAAUAUUACUUCAUAUUCAGGAAUCAAUCAUAUAUCUUAUGAAAAAAAUCAUGAUAAGGAAUCAAAAAAAUUAAUACAGAACGAAAAUAUUCAACAUUAUAUAAAAUCUAUGCAAAAAAAAAAUAUAUAUAAUACUAGAAAAUUAAGACAUAUUAAAAAAAAACAAUAUAAAGAACAAAUAAAAGAAAUAAGAAAAAAUAAAAUAUUACAGGAAAGAAAAAAAAUACAAAAAAAAAUUAAAAUCAAAUCUUAUCUUAAAAAAUAUAAAAAUGAAAAACAUAAUUUUUUAGUUUUAAAAAAGUUGCAAAAAAAAUUAAAUUUAGAAGAUAAUAUUGAAGAUAAUAUUAAAAAAAAAAUGAACAUGCAGGAUAAAAUAUUAAAAAGAAAAAUCAGAAACCAAGAAAUUGUUAAACCAACUUUUUUACUUGAUCAAGGUGUGAAACAUGGUGGAAAUGCAGGUAAAAAUGCAACAAAUAUUGAUCAUGAUUCUUCCAUAUCCAGUUUUGAAACCGAUUUAUUUAAAUGUUAUGGAGGCUCUAUUUUAAUAGCUCAAGAAUUUACACCUUCUGAACAAUGUACUAAUGUUACUUAUUUACUUAAUAGUAAACAUAUGCAGGCAGUACAUAAUGUUGUAGAAAAUGGUUAUUAUUACUAUAUUUUUUAUAGUGAUAAUGAUAUUAUAUCAAAUGACAUAUAUGCACUAUUUGAUAUCUAUAAACCUGUUUUUCAUUAUGAAAAUAUAACAAAGUCUUGUAUAAAUCAAACAAAUUGUUCCUUUUCAAUAAAUUUAUUAUCUUCUGAUAGGGUAAUUGUUGAAAUACCAACUAAAGAUGAUUUUGAAUAUGAAAUGAAUGAAGCUAAUUUACUUUUAUCAAUUUGUCAUCCACGUAUGGAAGUAUAUAUAAUUUUUCCUGUUGCAGUAUUAUUUUUUAUUCUUGCUUGUGCUUUUAUGUAAAAUAUGAUACAUAUUUUGUAUCUUAUAUAU